AUGGGUCAUGACGCACAAAGGCGCAGCAAAGCAAGAAGGCUACAGCAUCAGCAACGUGGUGGCGACGGGAGAUGGGCAGAUGGGCACUGCAACAGAGUAUUGGAUGGUUUCACAUCACAAUGGAGUGAAGCGUUGCGAGAGAAUGCACAAGCGAGGCGCGGGCCUCAGGCGAGUGGCUGGUUGCGAGCAGACAAGAUGAAAAGGACGUCGCGCGCAGCUCAUCGCAAAGGAACGCAGCAGUCGCCUGUGUUGCGAGUCGCACUCGCACAGCGCAUCCCACUUCCGGGCCAACACCGAGCAGCUGUCACGAACGUGCACGUGACUGUGCGCAAUCUGGUCUGCGCGCGCCCUGUGGAGCAUCCCACCGCAGGCCGGGGUUUCCUUGCGAUGCCCGUGACGGUACGUACUGAAGCGGCGCCUUGGUGUUGUGAUACCGAUGCGCCUUGCUGGACAUGUCUACUCGACCAGCUUGCCUGCAUUAGCCAGCCAUUUAGGCUGAGAGGUGGACGUGAGAGGCAUGUCGGCACGCUUUCACCUACGGCGCACGCUCGAUUUGAAGCUCGCUCCGUAUUGCAUCACCCGUCACGCGGCACCGAAGUCGCUGCCGAAGCAGGGACACAUGCCGCGACACCGUACCGCGUCUGGCCCAAGUUCAAUGGUGUUUUCGUUUCGUUCCUGGGUGACAUGUCCAGCUUGGUCGACGUGGUUGUUCCUGGCAUCCUUCACAGAUCCACAUGCACAAGCCCGGGUCGGUUCGACAUCCCAGCCGCCAACCGCCUGCCGCCCGCCAUCACCGUUACGCGAACGCAUCGACAGCGCAAGCGUAUAGAAACGUUGGAUUUGCCUCAUUGGUCCCGCGAGCCGUGCGCAGGCCAUUCCGUCGACGGCGCUGCAGACCAUGGACCGCCGAGGCAAGAGAGGUCGGCUGCGUGCAGCAGCCACAGCCAACGACGCUCCAAAAGCAAAGCAAAGCAAAGCAAAGCAAAGCGAUCGACGAACGACAAGAGGCCAUCUCGGCAGCGGAUGCCUGCCUGUCGAAAUGGUUGUUGCAUGCAUCCGAAAUAG